UAAAAUUUAUACGAGUGUGUAUAUUUUGACAUUUCUUUCGAUCAUGACUUUUAGAAUCACGUACAUUCGUUUCGCAAUCGUGCUUACUCGUUGAAAAUAUAAAGAUAGUUCGAAAAUGAGUCGUAAAUAUAUGAGUGGAGCCGAAAAACGAAAAUUGGCGAAUAAAAAAAAGGAAGAUCAAGAAAAAGUGAUAAAAAAAAAACAAUUGAAAUCGGAAGAGCUCUCGAGUUUUCAACUGAUGCAGCUUUUAUGGAAUAUUGGAGACCACAUAACAUCGUUACAAAUCUAUUGGAUCAACAAAGGACCGACUUUGUGCCGAAAUUUUCCGAACGAUGCAAAUAGAAUUGCCACAUUUGAAGGCCGCAGUUUCAUUAAACAACAAUUGAAACGUACACUCGCAAAUAGACAAACUGUUAAUCGUGAUUGGGUGAUAUAUUCACCAUCGCAAAAAUCUAUGUUUUGCUUCGUAACAGCUCAUGAAAAUUCCAAAAAUUACGUUCUCAAUGAAUUGGCGUACAAACAACGAGCAAAGGAUACGUAUGCACUUACGAUCGAUAGCAGAAUCACAAUUUACACAGAAAUCGAAAAAAAAUACUGGAGAUCCAUUUUAGAACGAGUUGUUGCCGUAAAAAAAUUUUGGAAUCGAGAGGGCUACCCUUCCGCGGUGGUUGACUUCAAAACGGAAAUUUUCUAGGAAUACUUGAUCUUCAAAGUUAAUUUGAUCCAUUAAUUGCAAUGCAUAUCGCGAAAUAUGGAAGUCAAGGAAGAGAAUUAUCAAAGAUGAAUUAAAAACUCUUUUUCCAAAUAU